AUGGAGAAAGCCCAAGACCCCACUGAUAAAGAAAAACCCAGAGCAUCCACUGUCUUACUUGGAGCAUACCAGGACACUACUACUAAGACUUGGACCAACACUUCAAUGGAGGAGCCUUCAAAGAAAAAGCAAUACCGGUCUAAAACUAUCUGGCCAUAUUGUGAAAGUGGCUCGCCGGGAAUUCAUCCUUGUCACAGACCAUCAACCGCUAACCUCAAUUUUCAGCCCACAGAAAGGAGUUUCUGCCACAGCUGCUGCCCGAAUGCAGUAUUAGAAGAGCUUCACAAGGGACAUCUAGGUGUGGUGAAAAUGAAGGCACUUGCCAGAAGUUUUGUGUGGUGGCCAGGCAUUGAUGAAGACAUCGAGAAAAUAGCGCAGCAAUGUAGUGGCUGCCAGAUGGUUCAGAAUGAGCCAGAACGUGCACCACUUCACCCAUGGGAAUGGCCUACAUUACCUUGGCAGCGGCUUCAUAUCGACUUUGCAGGACCAUUCAUGGCUACAACUUUCCUGGUGGUAGUCGACGCAUGCUCUAAAUGGCCAGAGGUUUUCACCAUGAGCUCCACCACUACUUCUCACACUAUUGAAGUACUAAGGGAUUUAUUUGCUAGAACUGGAGUUCCACAACAACUAGUGAGUGACAACGGACCCCAGUUCACAGCAACAGAUUUCCAGGUAUUCCUCCACAAAAAUGGCAUACGGCACAUUACAUCUGCCCCAUGGCAUCCAGCCACAAAUGGCCAGGCAGAGAGGUUUGUGCAAAAUUUGAAACGAGCCCUUCGAGCAAUGACAAAUGAGAAGCUGACCCUUCAGCAAAAAUUGGCCAACUUCUUAUUUGCAUAUCGGAAUUCCAUCCAUGCUACAACUAACCAGACUCCAGCUAUGUUGUUCUUUGGGCGUCCUCUUCGCUCUAGAUUAGACCUGCUGCAACCAAAUAUUAAGCAGACUGUGCAAGACAGACAAAUCAAACAAGGUCAUAAAGCAACAGACAAGGUUACACGGAGCUUUGCCAUUGGACAAUCAGUUCUUGCCAGGAGCUACAGAGGAGAUCAGAAAUGGGUUCCUGCAUUAGUCAAAGACCAAACUGGUCCUUUGUCAUAUAAGGUAGAGGCUACUCAAGGUGUCAUAUGGCGACGUCCUGUCGACCAGUUGAGAAAAUCAGGGUUGGUUAGAGCUGAAGAGAUACCCACACUGCCUGUUGACUCCCCUGCUGUUGCUCCUAUCAACUAUCCAGAGCACUUACCAUCUCCUCAAGCAGCACAAGUACAGAGCCCAUGUGUAUUAUCUCCAUCCCCUUCUGCAGAGGCUAACACUGCUGUAACAAUUCAAGAAAAAUUACCCUGUGAAGAGAGACGUUACCCAAUUCGCAUACGCAAGCCUCCACAGAGGCUAAUUGAAAAUUAA